CUCAAACACAUAAUAGUCUUGGAAAAUGGGAGUCCAAACAAUGGCAUUGAUCUUUGUGGCGUUAUUGGGUUUUGCCAACCGUCUGAAUGCUCAAGAUUCGACUACCCUUGUUCCGGCAAUCAUUACAUUUGGCGAUUCAGCUGUGGAUGUUGGGAAUAAUGACUACAUUCACACCCUUUUUAAAGCCAAUUAUCCCCCUUAUGGAAGGGAUUUUGUUAAUCGUCAACCUACUGGAAGAUUCUGCAAUGGCAAAUUAGCCACUGAUAUCACUGCUGAUACUCUUGGUUUCACCACUUACCCACCUGCAUAUCUGAGCCCCCAAGCAUCAGGCAAGAAUCUCCUUAUUGGUACUAACUUCGCUUCUGCCGCUGCUGGCUAUGAUGAUAAAACUGCCGUCCUCAACCAUGCAAUUCCAUUGUCAAUACAGAUGCAAUAUUACAAGGAAUACCAAGCCAAGCUAACAAAAGUUGCAGGCAGCCAAAAAGCGGCCUCAAUCCUAAAGGAUGCGCUCUACAUAUUAAGUGCAGGAAGCAGUGAUUUCUUACAGAAUUACUACAUUAAUCCUUAUAUUAACAAACUCUAUACUCCUGAUCAGUAUGGUUCUUAUCUUAUCGGCAUCUUCACUAGCUUUGUCAAGGAUUUGCAUGCCCAAGGAGCAAGGAGAAUUGGAGUGACUUCACUACCACCAUUGGGCUGUCUUCCUGCUGCUAGAACUUUGUUCGGAUUUCACGAGAGUGGAUGCGUCUCAAAAAUCAAUACAGAUGCCCAACAAUUCAACAAAAAGAUAAAUUCAGCUGCUACACAAUUACAAAAACAACUCCCAGGUCUUAAGAUUGCUAUCUUUGACAUUUUCCAGCCCCUAUAUGACCUCGUCAAAUCUCCAUCAGACCACGGAUUCACGGAAGCAAAUAGAGGGUGUUGUGGAACAGGAACAGUGGAAACGACGUCGUUGUUGUGCAACCCAAAGUCACCAGGGACUUGUAGCAAUGCAACUCAAUAUGUGUUUUGGGAUAGUGUACAUCCAUCUGAAGCUGCUAACCAAGUCCUAGCUGAUUCACUCAUCAUCCAAGGCAUCAACCUUAUUGGAUAAUUGAACAGAAUUUAAAGUAUUGUUACUCUUAUAUUUCUCUCGAGUUUAAUGUAUAAGUCUUUCUUAAAGUUACCACGUUCAUUUUCUUUUGUUUCUUGUUUACUUGUUUCUGGGAGAUGAAAACAUUGUCCUGUAUUGCUUAAUAUUUUCCUUUUAUUAAUGAGAGUACCAUGUGUUGUGUUGGAAAAAAAAUGUACUAAGGAAGAUUUGAACCGAAAAGUCUCCUUUUUCUUUUAA